UUUGCGACAAAGAAACUGUAAAGCCAAAUUUGACUUCCUCGUCUGCUUUGCUAUUUUUUGUUUUGUCAUUCCUGACAGGUUGUAUGCUCAAACAGAUGCCUUCCCCGAUGACUCAAAGCCGGUUCUUGGACGAGUUUCUUCCCACAUUCUCUUUGCGUAGUCAUGAAUCAUAUUAUGGGACCCCUAACCUAACUCUAACCCAGGGCGGUUCCCUCCCCUAGGCGCCAAGGCUCUCUGGUUCCAUUGCUUCUGCCCAGGGUUGUUCGCCCCGCACGGGCAGGCCUCCGCAGAACGAACAGCCCAGCCUGUGUGCAGUGCGGCCAGCCCCGGCUUUCUGGAUUUAUUUAUUUUUUCUAACACAACGUGAUGAUGCAGGGAGCCAGAAAACUCGGUUCCGUGCAAAAUCUUCGAGCACGAGAAAACAUCAAACCCCAGCGCCGACGAUGGCCGGCAGCUCGAAUCCGAACGAGAAGGUUGGGCACAAACCAAAGGCAAACCCUCCUCGGGCGCGGGCCGGUUCCUCCAGCCCCGGAAGGCCGCAGACACAGAGCCGCCCUGAGUCCGUGAGUGGCCGCUGGGAACAAGGCCGCCGCGCUCGGCAGAAAACGAAAGUCGGCCCCGGGGCCCAGCGGGGCCAGGCCGAGGCGCCGCCGGCUCGGUCCCAUCGCGUCCAGACGCGAAGUCUCCCGGGGCCCUGCAACCAGGACGCCGCCGCGCAGGACGAAGCCAGGUCGGUCCAGCGGACGGCGGCGUGCGGCCCGCCACUCCCGAGCAGCCCAGAGGCAGGAGCGGGAAGGCCGCCCGCUUGCCACACCGCAGCUCCGGGCCCAGCGCCCGGCCGGGAAGUAGGGCCGCCCGCGCGCGGAGUGGAACGCCUGCGGUGGCGCGGAGUGAGACGCCGGGUGUAGUGCGGCUGAGCGCGUUCGUAUAUAAGCGCGCUGCUUCUGUGGGCCACCGGCAAAGCUGAAGUUCGGCAGGUGCUAGCAGGUUGGCUGGAGUUGCUCGGUGCUCCCUUACCAAACUGAAAUGCUGUCCAUCAGGGUGGUGAAGAGGAAUUGGAGUGAGGACCAUGCAGGUAAAGUUGUCUGAAAACAUAUCGUGCCCCAAAAGGUGGCACAGUGUUGACUCAGUGUGAAUACGGAUCUGAAAAUAUCAUACUCUGAGGGGAAAUCUCAGAAAAGACCAUUUGAGUCCAUGUCUGAGUUUUAGAAGAUGGAAACUAGAUACACAAAGCAUUUGCCUGGCCAGAAAUUGAAAGGAAAGGAGGACACUGGAGGCCAGAAAAACGAUUAUGUAUUUCGAAAGGAGUGGUAGUUACAUCACAGUUGCCACAAUUCAUCGAACUGCAGUCUAAGUGGAUAAAGUUUAUUCUAUUCAAACUAUAAGUAAAAUAAAUUCCUCAAAAGUUGGCUGCAGUAGGGUGUAUUUUUUGUGUGUGGUGGGGAGCGGAGGCGGGAUUCUACCUUUUCAUCAAAUCUUAGUACUUAAAAAUUGGCCUCGAGGUUAGCUUUUCUUUGGCAGUGUUUGAGUGUUGGGUAUACUUUCCUAAAAAAUUUCACAAUCAUAACAAACAAUUUUUUCUCCCUGUUUUGGCUCUGGAUUACUGUCUCAUUAAUGUGCCACUUUAGCAGCAAUCGGUUGAGAUCAAUGCCAAAUACCACUACUUGGGGUUGGGAGAGAGAUAAAAGUCUGGGCUUCUGUUUAUUUGGUUUCUGCUGGUGUUUCCUCACAAGAAUUAAGUCCUAGAUCGGCUUUUACAUGUUUUAAACAUCUGGAAAUUUGAAAAGUUGAGAUGCAUGCUUUUUGUGUAAAACAGAAAACACGUUCAAUUAUGAUUAUAAAGCUGUUGAUCUGGAGUUCUAAUGAUAUGUUUUUAGGUCAUUUUCACAAAGCUAUGUUUUGCUUGUUCUAAGAUCACCAGGAGAGGGUAAAUUACAAGCCUUUUAAAGCAACGUCUAGCUCACAAUGCUUUGCAAUUUUUCUUUGCGUUAUUUUAAAUAUCAGAGAGUUAAGGUCAUGGUUUUAAUGGUAAAAGCCACUGAUUUGUGGCAAAAUGUUUAUUGAAGAUUCAUCAGGCACAUUCUGGCUCCCACCUGACUUGUCAAUCAUCUGUAACUUGAUCAACAGUAAUUUGAGAUGGGCCUGGCCAGGGUCAUAUGUUAAAUAGAACAUUUCCACUUUUCUGACCACAAAAUCCUCCCUUUCCUGGCCACUUAAAAACUGUUACAUAAUCUGCAAACACGUGAAUCUAAUGAUUUCUGCAGCGGACCUUGGUGAGGACCAGACACUUGCAAAUGUGCUUUUCUGUUGCCACGGAGUUCUCUACUAGCAACUUAACUGCUUAAAAUUCUAACCUUGAAAAUCAUUUUAAAAAUGUAUUCUGCUUUCAUCUACAUCUGUAGUUAGUGAAUUGGUUUUUACAGUGAAAUUUUUUUCUCUUACUGUGUUUACAAUUUUUAACAUUUGCACUUGAAAAACAUUUCAUCUGAAUUUAAUUAUGACCAAAAAAAAAUGAAGCAAGGCUGUGUAGAUAAUGUGUAUAUUUUCAAAGAAAGUAAAAGGCAUUUAGGAAUAUCUUAGGUUAUUUAUGUCUAUGAAAUAGCAGAAGGAAUCUUAAAGGAACAGGAGAACAUCUCCUUAAAUCCUGGCUGCUAGUUCUCCCCCAAAUUUCUGAGGACAGACAAUGUUCAGCAACCAUGCAGGUUUGUGCUUGCAAAUAGGCCCUGGCCUCUUCAGCAGGUCAUAAGCUUGCUGUGGUUGUGUGCUAGUACUCAAGCAUUUUAUAACUCUUUAUGCCACUAGUGUCUGAGUCACAUUUUAAAUGGCAUAGUCAGUGUUAGCAAAUCUUUGCCCAUCAAACUGUUAGAAAUAUCUGAAAGUCACUUGCAACCUCAGCUAGCUUACCAGUAUUGUUAGACAGGUGAAAUCUUAAUAAGAAAGAAUAACAAAACUAGGUAAAAUGAACAGCACUUAAAACAAAAGCACAAUAACCUAAUCAUCAUCAUCAUCAUUCAAGGAAGGAGGAUUGAAGAAUGACUACUGCAAGAGAAAUGGAUGAGUUGGAGACUGAUAAAACGGAUUCAUUCAAAAGGAAAGAGAUCAAGAAAAAUCUUUGGAGAAAUCCCUGAAAAAUCUAUUUAACGAAUUAUACAGAACAUAAAUCAAACUGUAAAAGACAAAGGAGAUAGCACUGAUAAGGAGUUUGUUUUUAAUUACAUGCUACUACCAUGGCUAUAUUUUUGUUUUUAUUUUUCCUGGAAAGACAAAAAUCACUAAAAAUUAGACAAGGAGGAGGAAGAGAAGGAAAGUGAAGUGUGAAUCAAAGCCAAGGAAGGGCUUUUUAAAGGCUUUAGGCUUAGAAAUGCUAUAAGCAUAUCCCAACAAACUUCACAGGACAUAUAAUUCCCUGUUAGAGUAUGUAAAUAUUUUAUGAAUUGAAAUGUAUCAUAAAACUUUUCUAAAAUGUUACAAAAAAUUUUUAAAUGUAACUUCACACAACAAACCCAAUGUCAGCAAAUUAAACUGAAAUACAGUAAAUCACUUUU